AUGAUGAGUUACCUUUUAGAUCCUCCAUAUGAUAGUAGCGGCUCGGGCUAUCUGGAGCUGCAGAUCCUCGAGCUUUCCAAUCCUCUUGGUACGACGAUGGACGGUGAGUGUUGCGGAGGCGGUGGUCGAUCCCCUUGCAGGAACCCUUGCCGGACUCUCUUCAGGCUUUGCCUAAAGGAGUACCAGAGUAACGUGACCAGCCAGGGGUCCUGCUCCUUCGGCAACACUUCAAGCCCCGUCCUAGGAACUGGCAGCUUUGUCCUGGAGGACCCAGCUUCAGCCAGCCUUCUUCUACCCUUUACCUUCAGGUGGACGGUUAGUGCUUUUAAUAUAUAUAUACUAGUUUAG